CGAUGGAUAUCGGUGGAGCAUAUGGUGGUGGUAAAGCAGGGGGUGCAUUCGAUCUGAUUGCAUUCGUGCAACGACCAACGGUCAUACUGCGUGCCGUUUGUUGGCUAUUUGCGAUCAUCGUGUUUGGCUGUGUUUCGUCCGAAGGCUGGCGAGAGGAGGCUAACGGCAAGGAGUACUGCAUAAUUAAUCGCGACGGUAACGCCUGUAACUAUGCGGUCGGCAUCGGCGUGAUCGCUUUCCUCGCCUCGAUGGGCUUCAUUGCGGGCGAGUAUCUGUUCGAGCAGAUGUCCUCGGUGAAGACGAGAAAGCACUACGUGCUGGCCGAUCUAGGAUUCUCCGCCUUCUGGUCCUUCCUGUUCUUUAUCGGAUUUUGCUACCUCACCAACCAGUGGGGAAAGGCGGACGACCCGCCCAACGGCGAGGGUGUUAACAACGUGCAGGCUUCCAUCGUAUUUUCAUUCUUCUCCAUCUUCACUUGGGCCGGUUGCGCCUACUUUGCGUUUUUGCGCUUUAAGGCUGGUGUGGAUCCGUCGUUCUCGUCAACCUACGAGUCCGAUCCAAGUGCAGCCCAGCAGUAUUCGGCCUAUCCGGCCUCCAACGACAACGAUCAGUUCCAGGAGGCACCUUUCUCCGGUCAGCAGCAGCAGCAGCAACAGCAGAGUUCGGACUAUUCCCAGCCUACCUACUAA